AUGCCUUUACAGCAAAGUGAUUUUUUUUCCUGUAUUCUCUUCCACUAUGGUUUAUCACUGGAUGUUGAAUAUGUUGACAGUUCCCAGUCGCAGUGCACCCCUCUGUUACGGAGGCCUCUGAGGCACCAGCUGACGAGCGUCACAGUACUCCAUUGUCUGUUUUCUAGAUAUAUGGUUUUAUUGUUAUACAUUUUGGAAGAUUUCAACUUUAUCUUGCAACUUCUCUGUUUAACUGUUCCUUUUCCUCUUAUAUUUUUCAUUUGUAACUGCUCUCUCUCACUAGCUGAAUGUUUUUCUUUACAGCACUUGUUCAUGUUUUUUGAUGCAACAUCCUAUAUCUCUGAGGAUAUAGUUUUAGCUUUUCUUUUUUCCUUCGUCUCUGGCCUGCUUUAUUGGCUCUGUUCCUUUUGA